GCACUCCCGCCAGGAGGAGCUGGCUGCCGGUGGAGAACCCUACGCAGAGCAACGGAGGCCGGGACCGUAGGCGGACGGGCUCCGGAUUAGAGGUGAAACCAUGAAGAGAACGUAGAACACGCAAUAAUGCUUUACCGCAAUCGCUUCUUGGUGCUGCUGGCCCUGGCUGGGCUGCUGGCUUUCCUGAGCCUCAGCCUGCAGUUCUUUCAUCUGAUCCCAGUGUCCACCACAAAGAAUGGCGGAAGCAGCAAGAGCCGGAAGAGGAUCAUGCCUGACCCAGUGACAGAGCCCCCCACGGUAGACCCGGUCUAUGAAGCUCUUCUGUACUGCAACAUUCCGAGUGUAGCUGAGCACAGCAUGGAAGGUCAUGCCCCGCAUCAUUAUAAGCUGGUCUCCGUUCAUGUGUUCAUCCGCCACGGGGACAGGUACCCACUGUAUGCCAUUCCCAAAACGAAGCGGCCAGAAAUCGACUGCACUCUAGUGGCCAGCAGGAAGCCAUAUCACCCUAAACUGGAAGCUUUCAUUGGUCACAUGCUGAAAGGAUCUGGAGCCUCUUUUGAAAGCCCCUUAGGUUCCCUGCCUCUGUAUCCUAACCACCCUCUGUGUGAGAUGGGGGAGCUCACGCAGACAGGAGUCGUGCAGCAUCUGCAGAAUGGCCAGCUGCUGAGGGACAUCUAUCUGAGGAAACACAAGCUUCUGCCGAACAACUGGUCCUCAGACCAGCUUUACCUAGAGACCACGGGGAAGAGCCGCACCCUGCAGAGCGGGCUAGCCUUGCUCUAUGGCUUCCUCCCAGAGUUCGACUGGAAGAAGGUCUACUUCAAGCACCAACCAAGUGCUCUGUUCUGCUCUGGAAGCUGCUACUGCCCGCUAAGAAACCAGUAUCUGGAGAAGGAACAGCGACGCCAGUACCUGCUCCGUCUGAAGAACAGCGACCUAGAGAGGACCUACGGGGAGAUGGCCAAGAUCGUGGACAUCCCCACCAAGCAGCUCCGGGCGGCCAACCCCAUCGACUCCAUGCUCUGCCACUUCUGCCACAAUGUUAGCUUCCCUUGCGGCAGAAGUGGCUGCCUUGGCAUGGAGCACUUUAAGGUGAUCAAGACGCACCAGAUAGAGGAUGAGCGCGAGAGGCACGAGAAGCUCCUGUACUUUGGGUACUCCCUCCUCGGGGCCCACCCCAUCCUGAAUCAGACGGUUAACCGGAUGCAGCGCGCUGCCUCGGGCUGGAGGGACGGGCUGUUCACCCUCUACUCUGCUCACGACGUCACCCUGUCACCCAUCCUCAGUGCCUUGGGUCUUUUGGAAGCCAGGUUCCCAAGGUUUGCUGCCAGGCUGGUUUUUGAGCUCUGGCAAGACCGUCAAAAGCCCAGCGAGCAUUCCGUCCGGAUUCUGUAUAAUGGGGCUGACGUCACCUUCCACACCUCCUUCUGCCAUGACUUCCACAAGCACUCUCCCAAGCCCAUGUGUCCUCUGGAGAACUUGGUCCGCUUUGUCAAAAGGGAUAUGUUUGUAGCCCUGGAUGGCAGUAGUACUAACUAUUACGAUGCAUGUCACGGGGAAGGGGCCUAGGAGGUGCUCAGCACAGCCGCGUCUGCUUGCUGGUUCUGUCUGUUGCUAAGAUGUCAAGGUACGGAGUUCUAACGGGUGCAGAUUAGGUGGGGUGAUCAUACUCAUGGGCGAGACAAACGGGAUCACAUACCGUAUGCUACUUGGUACAAAAUAGCCAGUUCACAGAGGAAGGAAGGCACGUUCUCACAGCCGUGCGCAGCUUAGAAUGCCAGCAUUCGGCUCAGCACUCACAGUUGCCAAGCCAACCUUAUAUACCUUUUGGCCUGCCAUGAACCAGCAAACCUCUGCCAAAGUCCUCUUAAUCUCGGACAUUCACCUUCACCUUGUGUGGAAAUUUUCCCAGAGGGACGAGUUCAAAGUGUGCCCGGCAGCCUUUGUCUGGAGGGACCAGAAGAUCACUGUCUUAGACUUGGUAGCCCUA